UUAUUAUAUACUUGAGCACAAUAGAAUAUAGUAUAAGAAAUAGUUCCAAAUCAACACGCGAAAUGUCAAGAGAAGAAAGAAGACGGAAACAUCAACAACAGAGAGGAGAAAGAUGGCGUCAGGCCAAAGGGCCUUCGCCCAAAAGUUAUCAAAACAACAUGCUGCUGAUGUUCGAAGAACAGUUAGUGCUGUGACAACUGGUAAGGACCCACCACGAUCAGCAAGCGUUUCUACAAUUUCAUCGGUACCUGUUCAGGAAGUUGUAGAACCUGUGGACUAUGAAGAUUUCCUUGAUCAGCACCAACUAGAAGCUGACCGGGAUCCAGUUCGGGCCAUUUUACAUUUUCCUGCUGAUGACAUUGUUGUCAACUGUAUUCCACGACAUAUACGCACCCUUCGUCCAGUAGUACCAGAUGAAGUGGAUGGUUAUGAUGCUCAUGUGGCAGAUGUUGUCCGCUGCUACACAAAAGAAUGGCUCCAUGUCAGUCGUCAGUAUAUCAACUAUUCCACAUCAGUUUUGGGUCGUAAUCAACUGACUGCAGACCGGAUUACAAACUUGCAGACAUGUCCUCAACCUGAGUUUGAAGUUGAUCUGGAUGACAGAGGCCAUGAUGAAUCAGAUAGAGUCAGCACUAGUGGUGAUUGUAUUUCAGCAGUAUUGGUGGAUGCUCUUUGUAUUGGUUAUCCUAACCUUGGAAUUGUACCUAUGACUCGUAGCAUGUUGCGUACCGAUCCUCGAUUGUGUGUACUGAUCCCUUGCUGA